AUGGCGGGCUCCAGCUUCAGUACUGAAAGGAGCUCCGUGCAACUCCGCCGUUCCUCUACCCUAGCACAGGAGUCGUAUGAGGGCACCGCUUUACCACAGGUGACAUCCCACCAAUUGGUAUUGAGCCACCGUCGACCUCCACGCGGCUCCGAGUCUUCCAUUCUAGCGAGCACAUUGCGCGGAAACUACCGAGCAGCAGCGCCCUUGCACCAAGCCCAAGACACGUUGACAAGAGGGCCCAAUACGCAUCGUCGAACAGGAAGCACUCUGAAGACGGUCAUGCGAAAGAUCUUCACCCGGAAAAGGCGGAGUGAUACUGAUGAUUUCGAGGAUGCCCCCUCUGAUUCUCCCACCCCACAGUCGCAAACGCCCCGGUCAAACAAGGAUCUAACCGAGAUUUCAUUCUUAGAACUCCAGAGUCCAAAGUCACAGACGCCAAAGUCGAGCAGUCCUCUUCAACGGGAAUAUGGUGGCUCGCGCAUGAUCGAAGCUAGCUCUCACAGUUUUGCGCCGGCACUUUCUGGUCGCCGGCGAGCUACACUACCGAGCUUGAUCUUGUCCGAAGACGGUCGAAACACGAUGGAGACAGUUUUCAAUACAGAUAGCGCAAGAUACAGCCGCGACAGGAGCUCUCAUGCGAAUAGCGACCAGACGGACCUGCUGCGCCGCGAGAACCUUCGAGUAAAGAGGCGAUCACGAAGUGCUGAUGCGCUUCGCGGGAUGGCACGCGAUCAUCAAAUGUCCCCUAUUCAGUGGAGACGACGUAGCACUGAAACAACCUACGUCAAUUCUUCAACUUUUGAUACGUCUUCAGACAGCGAAAUGUCCUACCGACCUCCUACACGAACAACCGUUGCCAGUGCACCUGAACCUCCCAGCGAGAGCCCAGUUGAAGGGACUCAGAAGCAGGAGGAACUAGAGAACGUGACGCCGAACAUUGGAAAUCUCGUAAACUGCAUGCAGCAUAGCGAAGACAUCUCUCUCGAGCAGCGACUCACAACACUAGAGGUCAAGUUAAUCGACCUUGAGUUUGCCAUUGCUCGAAUGCAGAAUGUCCGUGCUGAACCUUCGCCGGCCGAGUCACCCAAAGAAAACAAAGCCUCUUCCCCAACUAAGAGUAGACGACAUGUCCGCAACAAGUCAUCGGCUCAUCUCCAGUCACCCGGCACCGGGGAGCUGAAGAGCGACGAAUUCACGCCGGACAGUCGGCCAGUCAGCACCGCUACAAUACGACCUAGCAAUCUGCAACGAUUGCGAACUUUGCAAACAUCAUCUUCGACCUCCUUAAGCGACUUCAACGGGAUCUCGGUCGAGCAAUACAGUGCACUUGUCAUGCUCCUGAGAAGGGAGCAGACCGCACGAAGAAACCUCGAGACGCAGGUUGCCAGUCUCAAGGAGGACAUUCAGCAACUGCAACAGCUCGCUAGCAACUCGAUAUCCGUGGGUACGAUGUACCCAAUCCGCAGCCGAGAGUCUCAGGAGCUUGAACGUAUGAGGAAAACAUUGGUUCGCUGCCCAGCCGACUCCCUGACUUGCUCGGACAAAAUCGGCUCGCCGUCCGACAGUGAAUCCGAAGUGGAGAGUCCUAGGGGCUCCUCCAGGGAUGACGUGUUCGGACGACCGAAGUGGCAGUAUAACCGACGCAUUGAGGUUGCGCGUAUGAUAUAA